AUGGCGGAGUCCUCAGAUGUUUUGAGAUGGGGAAUAUUAGGAACGGGAAAAGUUGCUGGAGACUUUGUUAAAGCAUUCACUAAUACGAAGAAGCCGCAUGCGGUAAGUUUUAUAAAAUACUAACAAUUUAACAUUUCAUAUUGAAGUUUAUUUUUCAAAACGUUAAUUUAAUGGAUUGAAUGUAUAAAGUUUUAGUUGCUGGCGGUAGCAGCGAUGGCUGGAACUGACAAAGCUGAAACGUUUAUUGAAGAAAACAAACUUGCAGAGGCUAAGGCUUAUGGAGAGUAUCAGGAAGUGCUAGAUAACGACGAAAUAGGUAAUAUAUUUUAAUUUUUAAGUAUAACGGCGUUUAUCUACUUGUUUGUUACAAUAGAUAAUCAUUUAGAAGUUAUAAUGAAUUAAAUAAUAAAUAACCUUUAACCAUAGUUUUAAUAAGAAAAUAAGAAGUUUAUUGUUUGUCUUUUUUCAGACAUUGUAUACAUUGGGACCCAGACUCAGUGGCACUACGAAUGGGCGGACAAAGCCUUAGAUGCCAACAAACAUGUCCUAGUCGAAACUCCAAUUGCAGUAACAGCUUCCCAAGUAGAAAAGCUGGCGGAGAAGGCCAAGGAAAAGGAAAGAUUUCUGAUGGAGGCCUUCUGGAGCCGCUUCUUCCCAGCGUACACUGAGAUCAAGAGAUUAUGCGAAGCAGAAGACUUUGGAAAACCAAAAUUUGUGAAUUGUAACUUUGGCUUCAAAGUAGAGCAGAGUACUCCAUCGACUGGUCGAACAAUUAUGUCUACUAUUGGAUGUUAUUGUGUUAGUUUGGCCCAGUUUGUGUUCGGAGGAGAGGCUGAGGAGGUGAAGGCGGUGGGAGAGACUGAUGAUGAACAAGAUGGUAAGAUUUUAGGUUUUUUAGAAUUUCGUUUUUUGCUUUUUAAACUAAAGUCUAAUACUUUUAUAUUAAAACUAUAUUUAAUUUUAUUGAAUUAGUAAUUUUUGAAUUUUAGGAGCAGAAAAGUGGGCUAGCAUCAACAUUAAGUUUGGAGAUGACAAGAAUGCUCUAAUUCAUACAGAUUCCCGUGUCUUCUUGCCUAAUACAGCUUUUGUAACAUUUGAGAAUGGUUAUGUGGAAGUAAGUUUACUGUGGCAUGGCACUUUUGGUCUGGGGGGGGGGCAGGGGCUGAGGUCGAAAAAAUCCACAGGGGGUACCACGUUCAACUUUUUUCAAUAUUUUUUUUGGGAAAGGGAUAUCUCUUUGUUCCCCGCCACUGUGUGUAAGUUAUUUAAAGUAUUAUGGCAAUCGCUGUUUUGCUAACUUACUAUUUUAGGCAAAAUUUAUAUGUUAGGAUAGAUGAACAUGCAUAUUUUUAGAUCCCAGAAUGGAUGCACGCUCCAACAAAGUUAAAGUACUACCAGAUGGGCGGAGAUGAUGGUUGGGGAGAACAUGCUCAGAAAGAGUUCAGAUUGGAUGACAGACGACAGUUUGUGUACCCAAAUAGUACUGGCUUCCGUUACGAACAAGACCAUGUGUACGAAUGCAUAAAAGGAGGUGAUCUGGAAAGUCCUGUGAUGUCACUAGCUGAUAGUAUUGCUAUCAGAAAGGUGAUAGACGAGGCCAGAGAUCAGAUUGGGAUACCUCAACCAGAUGUCUGA